AUGCGCGCCGACAUCUGUGAGCACGCCGCCGGUACCCUUCUGCCUAGGUUGGCAGCAGACAACAUCGACAUCCCUUCGCAGGAGCGCCCCGAGUUGACGAAAGACCGUGCUGCUCCGCAUCCUCAGCACGAUGCCUGUUACGCGAGGUUGGAGCAGCUACAGGCAGAACAGCUGUCGAGGAAGCGCAAGAUGGCAAUUCUUGAACGCACUGUUGCGUUCCUGUCGCAUGUGAUGGGCUACACACCUGAGCAGCCCGGGCUGGAGAGUCCUGAGGAGGUCGUUAAGUGUACGGAUACGCGGGUGUCGCUUGGUGCAAGGUUCAUGGGGGAAGGAGUGCAUUUUCCAGCGAUGGCGGGAACACUCCCGCAACCCGGUACUAUACCGCACGGGGUGAUUUCCAGACAGCAGCAUGUGGCUGCUCAAGGCAUCCCCAGUGUGCAGAAGGGCAUGGAGGCCGGACAGUCAAGGAACUUGGCAGCUGCCCACCACGAGAGCCCCAGAGAGGGAGGCGAUGAUGAGGACGUUGACUGGUCGAAUUAUACCGGGUUAUCCAUCGAGAAUUCAACUGGGAAGUGGGCGGCUAAGAUAUUGACAUGGGAAGGGGUGAAACGGCGGCAUCAUCGGCUCGGAGCGUAUACAACCCCCAGGGAGGCCGCCCAGGCGUUUGCCGCUGCUGCUUUUGUGCUGCGGCCCGGUGUGAAGAUGGAGAAAACCAUCCCCCUGACAGAUGCACAAAAGGGGUUGUUGAAGGGGUGCGACAAGGAUGCGGUGGCGAAGCUCGUGGGGGCGCGCAUGUGGUGGCGGUGGAGGAAGUGGGCGACGAUGGUGCAGGAACUGAAUGCCAAGAAGAAACGUGUGAGGAAGAGCACGUCAGCUAACACACGGGGAAAGAAGAGGCGCCCUAAUGUCAAGUCGGUGGGUGGAGGUGUUGUUGAAGCGGUGGGUAGUGAUGGUGGUGGAACUUUACAAACGAAGCAGGUACGUAAUGCUGGGCCCGACCUCAUGGAGAAAGAAGCGCAGUCUGUGGGUGCGAGCGGCAAGGAAGAUGAGGAUGACGGUGUUGAGGGCAAAGAGGGAGAUGAGGGCUCCGAGGGUGAUGCAGAAUACGUGUGCGAGGAGGAUGGUGACGAUGAUGGUACGGAGUAG